CUCCGUCCCCGCAUCUACCAAUUCACAACAACCGAGCAAGCUGCCAUCGUACUCCUCAUCAUCAUUUCUGCUUUUGCAGCAUACGGCCGCCGCAUCAUCAAAGGCAGAGGGGCCGAGCAGCCUUGAAACCUGAGCUCGCUGGCCUCUCUGUGAAACAAGGCGCAGCUGCGACGACUCCAUCGCCAUGUCCAGUUCUCUGACGGAGCGGCAGAAGGAUGAGCUCCACAAGUCCCUCCUUGACUACUGCAAAACACAAGGCUUCACCGCAACCUUUGAAGCAUUGCAGCAGGAGGCUGGCCAGGAGGGCUUCGUCUCGGAUCCCAAGGCAAAGUAUGCGGGCCUGCUGGAGAAGAAGUGGACGAGUGUGAUCAGACUGCAGAAGAAGAUCAUGGAACUCGAGCAACGCAAUGCACAGUUGACAGAAGAACUAGCGACCGCUCCCACCUCUCGCCGAUCAGCCUCGCAAAACGACUGGCUUCCCCGCAAUCCUCCUCGGCAUGUGCUGCAGGGCCAUCGUGGUCCUGUAGCCAAGGUGGCUUUCCACCCGCUGUUCAACCAGAUCGCGAGCUGCUCAGAGGAUACGACGAUCAAGAUCUGGGAUUGGGAGACGGGCGAUUUUGAGAGGACGUUGAAGGGGCAUACGAAGCCGGUGAUGGACGUGGACUUUGACUCGAGGGGACGGUUGUUAGCCUCAUGCUCGUCAGACAUGAGUAUCAAGAUCUGGGACUCCGACAAGCAAUGGGCCUGCACGUCCACAUUCCACGGUCAUGACCAUACAGUCUCCUCCAUCCGCUUCCUCCCCGGCGACGACUACGUAGUCUCCGGCUCCCGCGACAAGUCCAUCAGGAUCUUCGAGCUCGCAACAGGCUACUGCACAAAGACCUUGGCGGGGCACAACGACUGGGUGCGCUGCGUCCAGCCAUCGAGCGAUGGGCGUCUGCUAGCGAGCUGCGGGAAUGACCAGACGGGCAGAAUAUGGGAUAGAGCGACUGGCGAGACAAAGGUGGAGCUUAGAGGCCACGAACAUGUAGUGGAAUGCCUGGCAUUCGCGCCCCUCGCUGCGUACCCCGCUAUUCGCGAGCUGGGCGACAUUAAGCCGGCAAAACCGGAUAAUACGACGCCAGGGCUCUACGUCGCGACGGGGGGAAGGGAUAAAGUGAUCAAGAUCUGGGACUCUUCCAACGGCGCCUGCCUGCGUACCCUCGUCGGGCACGACAACUGGAUUCGCGGGAUAGUCUGGUCGCCCAAUGGCAAGUACCUACUGUCAGUCAGCGACGACAAGACGCUGCGGGUGUGGGAUCUAGGCGCGGGUGGGGGAAGGUGUAGUAAGACGAUCGAUGCGCAUGGCCACUUCGUCACUUCGAUCGCAUGGGCGAGGGCGAAAGCUGGCGGUGAAGCUGCAGAGCCUAGGCCGGAUAGUGGGCCGAGUGGGGGAGCGCCGUCCAAGAUCAACGGUACGUCAGGAGGUGCAGAAGCGGGGGGAAAGACGGUCAAUGCGGUGGUGACUACGUGCGUGGAUAUGACCAUCAAGGUGUGGACGCCGUAGUGUGGGCGGAGAGAGUGGACAAGACAUCGCUAUACCCCCUCGGUGCCGCACCUGUGGCAUGUAGAUGCCUCCCGGACCCUUUUUCGUCUUCCAAUCCUUACGGCUUACUCUACCGCCUCCCUCUGGGCGCCUUUACCCACUCGACCCUCGACGUGCGUGCUCGCACUGUCGAUGAGCUGGCCUCUCCCACCUACACACUCUUUCGUCUUCUCACCGGCCUCUCAUCCCACGCUCUCUUCUAGAUAUCAAUGCGAGUGUACCUCAUUGCAAGGCAUGUCUG